AACCCCUGUUGCAACCCCCUUGUUGCAGCGUACAUGUGUUAAUACGCUUCAACAACCAGUCGGUCAACGCGGGUCAAACCCUUUAAAGGGUUAUUGCAGCGUACAAUUUAAUUGUUCCCUGCAAAAAAGUUUGUUGCAGCGUACAUUUUAAAAGCCCGCUGCAAUAGCUCGUUUUUGUUGCAGCGUACUUGUUAAAGCCCCCUGCAAUAACCCGGGUAAAAAAAAUUUCGCUGCAAUAUUCGUUGAAACUAAUUCAAAACAAAUUAAGCAUCUCUCACUCUCAACUCCCUUCUUCUCCCUUAACUUUCCCUGCGUCAUCCCCUCAAAAAAAAACCCUUUCUCUUCGUCGGUGGUUCUAGCCUCCUCGCCAGAGGCCACCUAUUAGCUUGCUCGGCCGUUUUGAUUCUGCCUAUCAUUCUGCCUUUUGAUUUCGAUUCCAAUUUCACAACUAGGUUUUGGUAUUGUAGAUGUCGAGUUGCAAUUUCUAAUCAAUUGGAAUUGCGGAACUUGAUUUUGGUGGAUUCAUACAUUUAAUUUUUUUUGUUUGUUUGAGUCCUAUUCUUGAUGUGCGGAAAAGGAAGGCGGUUCGAUUGAGCAAAGAUGUCGACUCCAAACGUCGCCAAAUUAACAAUGGGUGGAUUUCUGAUUGGAAGAACUGUGGCUGUUUUGAUAACUAUGACGAUUGGGACCUCGAUGGCUGCUCGUCAAGGUCCUCUAGCUAUGGCUGCUCAUCAAAUCUGUAUGCAAGUGUGGUUGGCUGUCUCUCUUUUAACUGAUGGAUUGGCCGCAUCUGGUCAGGUCUACACUCCGAGGAAUGCGCCUAUACUAGUGAGGAAAUUGAUGUGGUUCGUGAGCAACGGGCUAAGUGUUUUACCCGCAAGUAUUUACUAUUGGCUUGAGCGCGCUUGAUCGAGGUGGUUUAGUUGUUAUAGAACAAUCGUUUCCAUUAAAAUGUAUGCGUACAUUGAAAUUGGAACGUAUAUUUGAAUGUAGUACGUGCACUUUGGUUUUGGGAUAUAUAUAUAUGUAUACAAAACACCAG